AGUACACCCCAAAGUGAAAAUGUCUAAACUGGGCCCAAAGUGCCAAUAUUUUGUGUGGCCACCAUUAUUUUCCAGCACUGCCUUAACCCUCUUGGCAUGGAGUUCACCAGAGCUUCACAGGUUGCCACUGGAGUCCUCUUCCACUCCUCCAUGAUGACAUCACAGAGCUGGUGGAUGUUAGAGACCUUCUGCUCCUCCACCUUCCAUUUGAGGAUGCCCCACAGAUGCUCAAUAGGGUUUAGGUCUGGAGACAUGCUUGGCCAUUCCAUCACCUUCACCCUCAGAUUCUUUAGCAAGGCAGUGGUCGUCUUGGAGGUGUGUUUGGUGUCGUUAUCAUGCUGGAAUACUGCAUACUGAUCAUGCUCUGCUUCAGUAUGUCACAGUACAUGUUGGCAUUCAUGGUUCCCUCAAUGAACUGUAGCUCCCCAGUGCAGGCAGCACUCAUGCAGCCCCAGACCAUGACACUCCCACCACCAUGCUUGACUGUAGGCAAGACACACUUGUCUUUGUACUUCUCACCUGGUUGCCGCCACACACGCUUGACACCAUCUGAACCAAAUAAGUUUAUCUUGGUCUCAUCAGACCACAGGACAUGGUUCCAGUUAUCCAUGUCCUUAGUCUGCUUGUCUUCAGCAAACUGUUUGCGGGCUUUCUUGUGUAUCAUCUUUAGAAGAGGCUUCCUACUGGGCAACAGCCAUGCAGACCAAUUUGAUGCAGUGUGUGGCGUAUGGUCUGACCACUGACAGGCUGACCCCCCACCCCUUCAACCUCUGCAGCAAUGCUGGCAGCACUCAUACGUCUAUUUCCGAAAGACAACCUCUGGAUAUGAUGCUGAGCAUGUGCACUCAACUUCUUUGGUUGACCAUGGUGAGGCAUGUUCUGAGUGGAACCUGUCCUGUUAAACUGCUGUAUGGUCUUGGCCACCGUGCUGCAGCUCAGUGUCAGGGUCUUGGCAAUCUUCUUAUAGCCUAGGCCAUCUUUAUGUAGAGCAACAAUUCUUUUUUUCAGAUCCUCAGAGUUCUUUGCCAUGAGGUGCCAUGUUGAACUUCCAGUGACCAGUAUGAGGGAGUGUGAGAGCAAUAACACCAAAUUUAACACACCUGCUAGCCAUUCACACCUGAGACCUAGUAACACUAAUAAGUCACAUGACACCAGGGAGGGAAAAUGGCUAAUUGGGCCCAAUUUGGACAUUUUCACUUAGGGGUGUACUCACUUUUGUUGCGAGCAGUUUAGACAUUAAUGGCUGUGUGUUGAGGUAUUUUGAGGGGACAGCAAAUUUACACUGUUACACAAGCUGUACACUCACUACUUUUAUUCUCGUGUGUGUGUGUGUGUUGGGUUCUUUUUCUGUUUUGGACAAACGGUUGUGUAAAGUUUUAGUUUGAAGUUUAUAUUUGUAACACUCAGUUUGUGGAUUUUAUUUUAAAUAAACAAAAAAAAUGGUACUGAAAGUUUGUCCCACCCAUGCGAUUAAUCGAAUAAUAAUAAGUGGCCAACUAAUCGAUUAUGAAAAUUAUCUUUAGUUGUUUCUGUGUACACUUAUUAUACGGUCACAUUUUUAUACUAUCUCUGACUGGCUAUGAUCCUGCUUCCAGUGUACUCCUCUGUGUAGUACAGUGUAUUCUAAAUCAGUCCUCAGCAGUAAUCACUCAGCUUCUGAUGUCACUGUGGCACAAUUCUAUUGCUGCCUUCAAGUUGCCUUCAAAUAUCAUAAUUAUGAAGUGAACACCACCACAAUGUCUCAAUUGCCCCUUGGGAACUUGUAUUUUUGCAUGAGCCUCGACUUUCAGAGUUGGGGGCAUGUCAAUUAAAAAUUCAUGGCUGCUGCUAAUAUGAAUGUGACAUGAACGCACAUGAAACGCACAUUAAAUGAACGCACAUGAAAUGAACGCCUACAGAAGAUUUAAGUAGUAAUUUUGCAUGGUUUAGUGCUUCAUUUUCUUCAGUACAGCUAAAUAAACUUCUUGCCAAUGAUGAUGAUACAAAAAAAAAGAUAAACAAAAAGGUUUCUCACACUGUCCAUUUUGUUUCCAACCAAAACCACUUGAAGACACCCCAUGUCCUAAUCACCACCGCUGAACUUCUGAGGAGGACUUAAAGGCAGCAUAUCUUCCAAAUAAAAAUAAAUUACCUUAAUUUUCAAGUUUGGAAUGUCUUUGCAAAGACCUCUUGCUCAUAACCUUCGACCAGUCAUAAGAGAAAUAUUACUUACCUCACCACUUCUUGUUUCAGUAUCUUCAACUGUCAUUAAAGAAAAAAACAUUUUCCUCAAUUUUCACUGUCACCCUCCUCAUCUCUGUGAGAACUCAAUGAACACAAACCAAGAAAAAUAAUGUGACAAAUAUAUAAACUUUUAUUAUAUCAUGAUGACACACCAUCAUUCCCUGUUAAUAAAUGGAUAUCUAAACUCAACAAACAAUAAUUAGUUGGCAAGCGAUAUUCAACAACAUAUUAUUUGUGUCUUGCAACACUAAGGCUCAUUACAUUACACCACAUCCAAACUUUAUAUUUGUAACUGUUGCUAAAAACAUACGAUAAAUAUAAUCGCUAGAAAGGUAUUGCUAAACUGGAAAGAUAAAACUAAAAUAUCCUCUCUACACUCUCUUAAUCUUUUAACAGAACAUUCAAGAUUAGAAAAAUUACAGCUGCUAUUAACAAACAGAAGCAAAUCUAGACACAGGUUCCCUCUCCUAACAUACUUGGGAGGUAAUUCCUAUUAAUAAGAAUCAUGUAUAAGAUCUGUAAUAUCUUCCUAUAAGCCUCUAAGGCACUAUAGGAUAUUAGUGUGCAACCCUCCAUUAAAUAUUAGCCUGUGUCAAUGUUUCCUUACCUCACAUUAUAUGUUGUUCCUUAUUGUUCCAGCCAAAUCGUGACAGUUCUUAAGAAGAGGAAGAAGCCUCUUUAACUUGUCACCAAGUUAAAUCAUGCCUGAACUUUUUCCCCCCUCAGUGUGAAAUUACAAUGUAUAAAAAAUAAGUGAAAAACAAUCAGAAACAUUUUAAGGAAAAAUUAAAAAAGUUAUAAUAACCUGGUUGCAUAAGUGUGCACACCCUUUUAUAAUUGGGGAUGUGGCGGUGUUCAGAAUGAACCAAUCACAUUCAAUCUCAUGUUCAAAAGUAAUUAUCAUGCAGCUGUCAUCAAUGAAAUUAUUCUGAUUAUCCCCAAAUAAAUACCAGAUGUUUCUGUAGGAUUUUCUUGACAUUUUGGUUUCAUAUGACUGCUGAAGCCAUAGUCCGCAAAGACCUUUCAAAGCCUGUAUGGUAUCUCACUUGUCGAAUGUUAUCGACCAGGAGAGGGGUAUAAAAGAAUUUCUAAACAUUAGAUGUACCAUGGAACAAUGCGAAGGCCAUCAUCAACAAGUGGAGAAAAUGGAGCACCACAGUGACAUUACCAAGAACAGGAGAUUCAAUUCAGUUCAAUUUUAUUUUAACAGUGGAUAUUGUCACAAAGCAGCUUUACAGAAAUAUAUCAAUUCAGGAUAUAAAUUUUAAAUUUUUAAAUCUAUCCCUAAUGAGCAAGCCAGAGGCAACAGUGGCAAGGAAAAACUCCCAGAGAUGAUAUGAGGAAGAAUCUUUGAGAGGAACCCUCCAAAAUGUACAAAAGGACAAGAUAAAAACGUAACAGGGAGGCUGCUAAGAGACCUACCGCAACAUUAGAGGAGCUGCAGGAAUAUCUGACAAGUACUGUUUACUCUUUGCUUGUGACAGCAGUCUCUCAUAUUCUUCACAUGUCUGGGGUAUGGGGUAGAGUGGCUAGAUGGAAGCCCUUUCUCACAAAAACAUCAAAAUAAUCACUCUAAACCAUGUGGCAAAAUGUUUUGUGGUCUGAUGAUAUAAUAAUUUCAUAAUUCCAAAAGAUAUAUUUGGCACAAAAAAGCACAUCACCAAAAGAUCACCCACAGUGCAGCAUGCUGGUGGCAGCAUCAUGCUUUAUGGCUACUUUUCUUUGGCCAAAACUGGGGCUUUAUCACUGUGGAGGGAAUCAUGAAUAGCUACAAAUACCAGUCAAUUUUAAUGCAAAACAUUCAAACAUUUCCUAGUAAGCUGAAGGUGAAAAGGAAUUUCAGACCUGAAUCCAACUAAAAAUCUAUGGGGUGGCCUGAAGUGAGCUGUGCACAGGAAAUGCCCACAAAUUUUAAUGGCUAUAGAAUGUUUUUGGGAGAGAAAAAUAGAAAAUAUUGUUAAGUCAAGAUGUGCAAUGCUGAUGGACUCUUACUAAAAAAGACUGAGUGGUGUAAUAAAAUCAAAAGGUGAUUCAACGAAGUAUUAGUUUAGGUGUGUGAACACUCAUACACUUAAUUUUUUUGUUAAAAGAAACUUUGAUUGUUUUUCACUUUAUUUGUGAAAAAUUCCCUUAAUUAUUUAUGUUGCAAUUUAACAUUUAAAGGUGGGAAAAGGUCUGACAUAAAUUCUUAGUUUAAUGUUUUUUAUUUCAUAAAAUCCUGCCAUUUCAAACAGGGUGUGUAGACUUUUUAUAUCCAUCGUACAAAAGCAUGGGUUUCAUUUUCCAAAUCAGAAAAUAAUAGGAAAUAUAGACUUUAUGAUGAAAGAAGCUACAUUUGCUAUUUGUAUAAGCUACUAUACUGCGACAUGUUUCCUGAAUUUCAUUAAAUUUAAAAAAUGGCCAUAAGAAUUUUCACACAAACCCUUAUCUCAAAGAUGGCCAGCACAUUUUCCAAAAGAAAACUUGAUUUUAAGUUUGAUUUAGAUUUUGACUACCCUGAUAUCAAACAAAGAAGCAAAGAAACACUCUUGUUUUACAGACGUUUUUUCAGACAUACACACAACCAUGCAAGAUUAGAGUUUUCAAAAGCAUUUAAAACCGUUUACAAUGAAUGAGUAUAUAAACAUCUUAGAUCAUUUAAUUAACAAUGUAUGUAUAUAUGAGAAAAAUAUAUUUGAAGUAUAUUCCCAUUGAUAUUUUACAUUGCUUCAGUCUACCUGAGUGACUAGGAACAGGAAAUUGUUCAACCAUGACUUCCUGUUUCACAGGGGUAUAAAUAUGAGGUAAUACAUAGGCCAAAUUCCCUUAGUCAUUCAAAACAAAGGUUAAGACCAAGGAAUCUAGCUGUGAUUUGUGGCAAAAGGUUGUUGAGCUUCACAAAAUGUGAAGUGUCUAUAAGAAAAUAGCACAUUUCCACCAUCAGGGCAAUAAUUAAGAAGUUCCAGUCAACUGGAAAUGUUAUGAAUCAAGCUGAAAUUGGAUGUGUGUUUAUAUUGUCUCAAUGCACUGUGAAGAGGAUGGUUCGAGUGGCCAAAAAAUCUCCAAGGAUUACAGCUGGACACUUGCAGAAGUUAGUUGCAUCUUGGGGACAGAAAAGUCUCCAAAACUGAUCUCUGAAUUCACCUACAUCACCACAAAUUGUUUUGGAAGUGCUUCAAGAAAAAAGCCUCUACUCUCAUCCAAAUCAAACUAAAGCAUCUUCAGUUUGCCAGACACUAAUGGAACUUAAAAUUGGAUCAGGUUCUAUAAUCAGAUAAAACCAAAAUAGAGCUUUUUGGCAAUAAACACCAGGGGUGGUUUUGGCACACACACAGAGAGGUAGCCACAUGCCCACAGUUCAAUAUGGUGGUGACUCUUUUAAUUUUUUGGGGCUGUUUUUCUGCCAGAGGACCUGGACAUUUUAUUAAGAUACACUGCACCAUGGGCUAUCAAAUAUCAACAGAUAUUAAAUAAAAACCUGACCGCCUCUGCCAGAAAGCUUAAAAUGGGUUGUGGUUGGACCUUCCAGCAGGACAAUGAUCCAAAACAUACAUCACAAUUAAAAAAAAAUGGUUUACUGAUCACAAAAUCAAGAUCCUGCCAUGGUCAUCCCAGUCCCCUGACCUGAAUCACAUAGAAUACCUGUUGGGUGAACUGAAGAGGAGAGUCCACCAGUGUGGGCCUUGAAAUUUGAAGAUAUCUGUAGAGAUUCUGUAUUCAGGAAUGGUCUCAGAUCUCUUGCCAUGUAUUCUCCAACCUCAUCAGGCAUUAUAGGAGACUCAAAGCUGUUAUCUUGACAAAGGGAGGUAGCACAAAGUGCCAAUGAUUGUUGCACACCUAUAUUUAACAAAGAUUUUUUUUUAUAUAAACCUGUGUUUUGUUUGCAAUUGUUUGAUAUCCAUGAGAGCAGAGUAUUUUUGUGAAUUGUUUCAACAAAAGAUCAAAAGGUUAAACAAUAAAGACAAUUUUUCACAGCCUUCUUUGCUCAUCUUUACCAAGGGUGCCAAUUUUAAUGGAGGGCACUCUGUGUGGAUUCACAACUCCACAAAACAUUCUCCAAAAAGGUUUGAGGGUCAUCAAGGUGUGUUUUGGCAAAAUUUGGAUGAGCCUUAAUGUUCUUCUGGGUUAGCAGUGGUUUUCACUUCACCACUUUUCCAUGAAUGCAAUUUUUGUCCAGUGUCUUUCUGAUAGUGGAGUUGUGAAUAGUGACCUUUAUUGAUACAAGAGAGGCCUGUAGUUCCUUUGAUGUUGUCCUUGGCUCUUUUGUGAACUUGCUGGAUGUGUCAUUGCUGUGCUCUUGGAGGAAUUUUUGAAGGUCAGCCACUUCCAGAAGGGUUCACUACUGUGCUGAGUUUUUCCAUUUGGAGAUAACGGCUCUCACUGUGGUCCUUUUUUGGAGUCUCAGAGCCUUUGAAAUAGCUUUGUAACCCUUCCCAGACUGAUGUAUUUCAAUCACCACCUUCCUUAUCAUUUCUGUAAUUUCUUAAAAUUUUGCCAUAGUGUGUUACUGGUUAAGACAUUUUAACCGGUUUCAUGCUGUUGAAAAAGAUCUAUUUAAGUGUUGAUUUGAUUGAACAGGACUUGGAGUAAUCAGGCUUGGUUGGUGUCUAGUACACCUGAACCCCAUUAUGAAUGUAAUUUCAUAGAUUUGAGGAAAUUAGUAACUAUGAGAGCAAAUAGAUUUUCACACAAGCCUAGUUGGUAUUGAGUAAUUUUUUUUGCUUCAAUAAAAACAUUUAAAAAAAGUAAUUUUAAAAAAGAUAUUUUGUGUUUACUCAGGUUGCCUUUUAUCUAUUUUAGAUUUUGUUUUAAUUUCUGAAACAAUUUGGUAUGAUAUAUAUUCUCCAAAAUAUGCUAUUUUUCAAUAUUUUACAGACAAUAUGUUAGCAUUCCGUUUAUAAAUUUUUCUUCACACAGCAGUGUGUCAAAAUAACUUCCACAUCUGCCUUUUCUCUCAUCAUUAAUUUAAUUUACAUCCCUUUUUUGUACUUGACCUUUUAUGGAUUUUUGUACAAAUGAGCUGUGUUGUGCUUUGAACUUUGAGUAAUCAACAAACAUAUGCAAAUAUGAAUAUCACCCUGCCUGAAUUUUAUGUAAAUCCUGCAGAAAAUGUUUGUUUGAUUUGGCUCAUGCAGGCAUUUGCACACAACUUUACUAUUAUAUUAAAUUUCUAUGGUUCAGGAAAUUCAGCAUAUACAAAAAUAUUUUUUAGAUUUUUGUCUUUGACAUGCAUCCUUCUCACUCUCUGUCCUUCUCUCAGGCAACUUAUUCUAGAUGGACAGUGGGAUGAGGUGCUGCAAUUUAUUCAGCCUCUGGAGUGUAUGGAGAAGUUUGACAGGAAAAGAUUCCGCUACAUUGUACUUAAGCAGAAGUUUCUGGAAGCUCUCUGUGUAAAUAAUGCCAUGUCAGCUGAGGAUGAGCCACAGCAUCUGGAGCUAACCAUGCAGGAAGCUGUAAAAUGCCUUCAUGCUUUGGAAGAGUUCUGUCCCUCCAAAGAGGACUACAGCAAACUCUGCCUUCUCCUCACCCUCCCUCGUCUUACCAGCCAUGCAGAAUUCAGGGAUUGGAACCCAAGCACAGCACGCGUACGCUGUUUUGAGGAGGCCUGUACCAUGGUGGCUGAGUUCAUCCCUGCUGACCGCAAGUUGAGUGAAGCAGGUUUCCGGGCUGGUGCAGACCGCUUGUUUCAACUGCUGGUCAAGGGCGUGCUAUAUGAGUGCUGUGUUGAGUUCUGCCAGAGCAAGGCCACAGGCGAGGAGAUCAGUGAGGCUGAGGUGCUGCUGGGCAUUGACGUGCUCUGUGGCAAUGGCAGCGACGAGCCUGACCUGAGUCUUCUGUCAUGGCUGCGGAACCUGGUACCUAGUGUCUUCUCUUGUGCCUUUGAGCAAAAGGUGCUCAAUGUGCAUGUGGACCGGGUGGUUAAACCAGUACGAGCGGCCCACGCUGACCUGCUCACGCCGCUCGUCAGCAAACUCUCGCCAUGCCCUGCCUCUCCUUUGCGCCGCCCACAAUCAGCUGACACUUACAUGUCACGCUCACUCAACCCAGUGCUAGAUGGCCUCGCCUAUGGCCUGUCUGGCCUAGAGAGAAGAGGAGGGACCAGAGCCAGUGAGGUGGGGAAGGCAUCACCCAUGUCACAUUCAUUUGCCAACUUCCAAUACCCUGGGGGGCAGAGUCUGAGCCGGAGUCUGAUGAUGGAGGAGCCGCAAUGCCAAAGCAUCUUUGAGGAGUCACCUGAGAGCUCCAGAACUGAAACUCCCUCAGAUAAAAUGAUGAGCUUAAGCAGUUCCCAGAACUCCCGCCCAGUCUCUGCUCCGGGUCAGGAUGCCUCAGCAACGACCUCUACCAAGAAGAAUGAGUUUCGUGACUCGAUGGAACAGUAUCAGGAGUACUAUAGGCAACGCUUACGUGUACAGCAGCACCUGGAACAGAAGCAACACCAGAGGCAGCUAUACCAACAGAUGCUACUGGAGGGUGGAGUCCAGCAGCAGGAGACUUCACCUACUGCCAAGCACAACCUCACUGAGACCUUCCUCAACAGGUCCAUUCAGAAGCUGGAGGAGCUGAAUGUUGGAAUGGAUGAUCUGGGUGAGGAAGUGCAGGCUCUCUCUCUGCAGUGUAAUGGUGAAGAAGGAGGAGAAGCAGGAAUAACUUCAGGGAGUGCCAUAGACACAACACUUCAUCAAGAUGGGGCAGGGCUUAGCAGCAGUACCCCUCAGAGAAACAGUGGACUAGUAGAUGUUCCACCACCCACUGAGUCCCCUGUGCUACCAAGUAGUGUUCAGAGGGAGAGAGGAGGACAGAGUGAUGCCAGCAGGACAUGCAUUAAAGGAACAGAGGGAGAUAAGUUCAAGGAAAAGUUUGUAGCAGUGAAUACUUUGGAGGAUACACAAGCUGUGCGUGCUGUGGCCUUCCACCCAUCAGGGGCGUUCUAUGCUGUGGGCUCCAACUCCAAAACCCUGCGGGUCUGCGCAUACCCUGACACACUCGACACCAGUGGUGCAUCUAAACCCCCAGUGGUCCGCUUUAAGAGAAAUAAGCAUCAUAAAGGUUCUAUUUACUGUGUUGCGUGGAGCCCCUGCGGGCAGCUUCUGGCCACUGGCUCCAAUGACAAAUACGUCAAAGUGCUGCCUUUCAACACUGAAUCCUGCAAUGCCACCGGUCCUGAUCUGGAGUUCAGUAUGCAUGAUGGUACUAUUCGAGACCUGGCCUUCAUGGAAGGGCCUGAGAGUGGAGGAUCCAUCUUAAUCAGUGCUGGAGCAGGAGACUGUAACAUCUAUACUACUGACUGUCAGAGAGGACAGGGGCUUCAUGCUCUCAGCGGACACACAGGCCACAUACUGUCACUGUACACAUGGGGUGGCUGGAUGAUUGCAUCUGGUUCACAGGAUAAGACUGUGCGUUUCUGGGACCUACGUGUUCCUAGCUGUGUGAGAGUCGUCGGGACAGCUUUCCACGGGUCAGGUAGCCCAGUAGCUUCAGUGGCAGUGGAUCCCAGUGGGCGCCUGCUAGCCACAGGCCAGGAGGACAGUGCCUGUAUGCUGUAUGACAUCAGAGGUGGGAGGAUGGUGCAGACAUAUCGACCACACUUGAGUGAUGUGCGUUCAGUACGCUUCUCCCCUGGAGCUCACUACUUGCUCACUGGCUCCUAUGACACAAAGGUUAUCACCACAGACCUACAAGGUGACCUGACGAAGCAGCUGCCAUUGACUACAGUAGGAGAGCAUAGUGAUAAAGUAAUCCAGUGCAGGUGGCACCCACAGCACCUCUCCUUCCUCUCCUCAUCUGCUGAUCGCACAGUCACUCUCUGGACACACAACACAUAGAGCCAUCUCUUACCACGCUUCUCCUGAUGGUUGGAUGGAACUGUAAAUAGUUUGUGUGUGUGUGUGUGUGUGUGUGUGUGUGUGUGUGCGCGCGGUGUGUGCAUAUGUGUGUAUGUGUCUGUUUAUUAUUUCUAUAUUCUUUUUCUCUUUGCUCUGUGACAGUCUCUCUUCCUUGCCUCUGCUUUCUCGAUGUUGCAUAAAUAGUAACAGUUACAUUGCUUUCACAUGGUGAUACAGUAUCAAAAGUGAGUACACCCCUCACAUUUUUGUAAAUAUUUGAUUAUAUCUUCUCAUGUGACAACAC